AUGGCAUCUUCUGAAGCAAAUUCCGCAACGCCGUUGAACUCCAUUUCAUUAAAUGUCCAAAGACAAUCCAAUAUUCAGGAUAAGUCGACUAAUCACCACAACAUGGCUAAUAGCAUCGUGAAACAUGUGAAGAUAACCAUCAACAAUCACGAUGUCUUGCCAGGGGAGGAGGACGAUGACGACGAUAACAAAGAUGAGGAAGGGUCCACCGAAGUUACGAAGGUUGAGAAAAAUGAAAGCAGGUCUAUAUCAUCUCAGUCGACAAGUUCUUCUGGCACCGAUGGAACGGAUAUCGUUAAGCUUGGGAGAUCUAAAGAUUCGCCCACAUUGACCAGCAAGAAGCUAGUAGCACUAUUUAUUGGUGAUUUGGACGAAAAAGUAACCGAGAAGAAUUUAAGAGAUACUUUUAACAAGUUCGAUUCCUUCGUGUCAGCCAAGAUAUGCAUCGACUCCAAUACCAAAAAGUCACUAGGAUAUGGUUACCUAAAUUUUUCCAAUGAAGAGGAUGCGGAGCGUGUCAUCGAGGAGUUUAAUUACAUUCCUAUUUUUGGUAGGGAGGUGAGGAUAAUGCCCUCACUCCGCAACUCCUUCUACCGCAAGAAUAUUGGAACAAAUGUUUUCUUUUCCAAUUUACCCUUGGAGAACUUGGCAUUGACCACCAGAGUAUUUUACGAUGCAUUCAAGAAAUUUGGGAAGAUCUUAUCCUGUAAAUUGGACAGAAGAAAGAACAUCGGGUUUGUGUACUUCGAGAAGGAUUCUGCCGCCAAGCAAGCGAUUGCAGAGUACAACGGUAAAGAGUUUUUCGGCAACAAUAUCCUAUGUGGCAUCCAUUUUGACAGGAACGUGCGCAAGUCCCCAGAGUUCGAAAAAAGGAAAGCAAGGUUGGAGGACAUGACUCUUGUAAAAGAGAGUCUAGUCAUGGACAACAACCAAGAGAUUCCAUCUGGUUCAAAGAUGAAGGGCCCUCAUCCCAACGCAGUCUUCAUCAAAAAUUUGCCCCUAAAUCCGGACUCUGACUUAUUGUUAGAUUACUUUUCGCAAAUUGGGCCCGUUAAAUCUAUUUUCACGUCAAAUGUAUCAAAAUUGAAUUCUGCAUGGGCAUUUAUAACUUUCAAGAAGGGUAGUGAUGCACAGGAUGCUAUCGACAACUUGAACCACAGCCAGCUAUUAGGGAGAACAAUUGAGCUCUCAAGGGCUCAGAAAAACUUUCAAACUGAUAUCGAUGCGGCCAACGCUGGCGCGGGAAACAACUCCAGUACCACCAGAUCCAACGACUCUGACCCCUGUUCGACACAACAUAGCUCUUCGUACAAGCUUACAGUGUACUUGAGCAGCUUGAGCUCCAUCUGCAGCGAGCAAUUUUUACAAUGUUUCUGCGCGGAGGAACGCAUCAAGACCAAGAGGAUCUCAAUUCGCUUUUAUGAUGAGGCGACGCUGACGUUUUCGGGUUUCGUGCAAUGUCAAACAAGAAAUGACGCCAACAGGCUCUUUGAAUUAUUAAACAACAAAUUGCUAGGAGACUCCACCGUCAAAGCCUCAUGGAAACCUUCGAAAGAAGCUAAGCCUAUCAAUACCGCCGUUGCAACAGUUCCGCUCACACCCCACUUGAAGUUACAGCAACACAACCACAAGAAACCCGCAACUUCAGUUAAUAUCCGUAGGGAACCAUACAUUUACCGGGCUCCUGCACCAGAGUACAGGGGAUACAAUCCUCUGAAGAACAAGAUGCUACAACAGCAAGUCCUAAUGGCUCCAUUGAACGUGAAGGCUGUUGCAAAGGAUCCCAAUGCAAAGGAAGCGCUAGCCGCCUUGAAGAAAGAAGUCAGAAGGUAUAUUGACUUCCUAAAGUUCCCACUAGCUACCAGAGAACAAAACUUAAGCAUCAUCAGCAAAUAUAUCCUCGAAGUCUUCUAUCAAAACCGGGUUGAAGCCAUUACUAGAGUCCUAUUGAUGAAACAGAACCAUAACUACUUCGAGAGGCAAUUCCAGGAACAGGUGGAAGAGUCGAUUGCUCAGCUCGGUUUAGAAGGAAGGUAG